AAAACUCUAUUGUGACUUGUUCCGAAUAAACAAAGAAGUUUCCUGGACCUAUCUGCCCCGCUUUCCCUCUUUCUCUCCCCUUCCAGCUCCUCGUUAUAAUUUUCCCCCACAAAUUCUCUCCCAAUUCCUCCCUUUCCACAUUCCUCCACACUCUCGGGACUCGAUACUUCCUCUUUCUGUCAAUCAUUCCCAGCCCCCUCCACCUCGUUUCCAAAGUCUCACUUCGGGAAUUGCGAGUCAUCCCACUCCCUUUUCUUUGCAUUUCCUGUGCCAACUCCUUUACUUUACCCCGUCACACUUCAAGAAUUCAGCCUGAGCUAAAGAAUCAUCGACAAUUGAGAAGAUGGCGGUUCAGCAGUAUGAUGAUUCAGCUAUUGCCAAGUAUCUCGGCAGCAAGUACUGGAAUCAUUUCGCGAUCCAGCUUGGCCAUUGGAAUUCUAUGAAGGUCAUCAUCAUGAGCGGCCAAAUGUUCAAGCGGAUCCCUGAUCCUGCCAAGGCAGAACUUGCCACGGAGAUGGCCAAGUAUCUGGGUGAAGAGGUCAUGUACGCUCGUGACGCCGACAACGAAGAGGUCUGGAUUCUCGGUCCGAUGAACGUCAUGAAGCGCGACAUCACCAUGGUCAAGGGCAUUCCCAUUUGGGACCCCAAGAAGAAACAUGUGACCACGGUGUUCAGACUCCGCCGUCCUCCUAACGCCUACAUCCUUUAUCGCAAGGACAAGCAUGGUGAGGUCAAGGCGGAGAAUCCCGGCCUCGACAACAAUGAGAUUUCCGUCAUCAUUGGCGCGAUGUGGAAAGCAGAAUCUUCCGAGGUUCGAGCUGAGUACCAUGAGAAAGCACAGGAAGUCAAGCGCAACCUGAUGAUCGCCUAUCCGGACUACCGUUACAUCCCUCGUAAGUCGCAUGAAAUUCGCCGCCGUGCGCGCCGUGCCCCGCGCCUUCAGCUUCAGGCUCCUCAGGACAUUGCACUCCUUAACAGAGCACAUGCUCCAGCCUCUUUCCUAUGGCAGCAACCCAUGCAGCAAGCAAUCCAGCAGGUUACCGGUGAAGAAAACAGCCCCAAUAGCGAGAUCACUCGUCACAUCCCUCAAUCUCAACGUUUUCUGCCUCCUAUUGAGCGGGAUUGGGCUCCUCCGAACAUGGAAAGACUCGCUAUUGAAGAUGCCCCUGCCAUUGACGACAAUGACAACAUGGACCAAGGCUGGAACUUUGACGACCAGCUGGAGGCCCUCUUGCGUGAUAUCUAAGCGCUCAAACGGCGUGACCAUUGGUAGCCCAGACCAUUGAUUGCGUAAGUGAACACUAGUACCAAGCGAUACCGGUUUCUACCAUGAAGGCGUACGGCGCCAGAGGGCGGACAUGAAUAGACAGGUCAGUGAGCACAUUCCUCCCUCCUUCGAUUUGCGAAAUCUGGAGAAUGCAAUCGACUGAUAUUGACAACCAGUUCAGACGCAGGUAACGAC